AAUCUUUAAAAAAAAAAAAGAAAAGAAAAUUAGAACUGUGUAUGUGACUAUGUUACAUUUCUCUUGGGUGGCGCCGCUAUUCUCGAGCAGGAUUUGGCGACUAUAGCCUGUGGAACACAUCUGGCCCGCUCCUUGUUUUUAUAAAUAAAGUUUUAUUGAAACCCAGCCAUGCCCAUUCAGUUACAUGUUGUCCUUGGCUGCUUCCAGGCUGCAGCAACAGAAUUGAAUAGUUGGGAUAGAGACGGGUAUCCCACAAAGCCUAAAACAUUUACUAUCUAGCCCUUGGCGAAGAAAAGGAACACUGUAAAAUGUGAGCGAACUUGUUCUUUGCUACUGCUUGGAGAUCAUUUAGAGAUGAUUUCUGGGAUCCCCCUGGCCUGAGUUUCGUCAGGUUUUGUGGGCACUCUGCAGUGCGCCCUGAGAGAGUGUCUUCUGUGCUUCUGCCUCAUUAGGUUUAUGUGCGGAGGGGCUACAUCGCCUAUGAGUUAAACAGCUUGCAGCACCGACAGCUCCCGGACGGCACCUGCGUGGUGGAAUUCCAGUUCAUGCUGCCCUCCUCCCACCCAAAUAGGAUGACCAUGCCCAUCAGCGUCACCAACCCCGACCUGCUGAGGCACAGCACCGAGCUCUUCAUGGACAGUGGCUUCUCCCCACUGUGUCAGCGGAUGGGGGCCAUGGUCGCCUUCAGGAGAUUUGAGGACUUCGUAAGGAACUUCGACGAAGUCGUCUCCUGCUUUGCCAACGUGCCCCGGGAAGUCCCGCUCUUCAGCAAGGCCUAUACUUCCCUGUACUGUGAGGAAGACAGCAAGAACCUCAGAGAAGAGCCAAUCCACAUCCUGAAUGUGGCCAUCCAGUACGCGGACCACCUGGAAGAUGAGGAGCUGGUGCCGAUUUUCCGGAUGUUCGUACAGUCCAAGGUAUGCUGGGCUUGCCUCUGGUUCUGAGUCACGGAAGGAGGAGGGAGGGGCUGCUGUGGUGAGGGGUGUCCCAUGUGCCUGAGUCCUGCUGUGCACUUCAGAGGUACAGACCUGGCUUCUCAGCCUAGCCCUGCGACUCCUCAGAGCCCGCAACCUCGGGCGGAAGUGGCUGAACUCGGUAGAGCCUUAAGCCUUUUCCCCAAUAACAUGGGGGCAGUGUUUCUCUCUCCCUGGGUGUUGUAAUGAUAAAAGACAAAGUAUAGGGGCGUCCAGGUGGCUCAGUCGGUUAAGCAUCCAACUCUUGGU